UUAAAAUGAACUCAGUUACAUAACCUUCAAUAUUUCAGUUGCAUUUUGUGCCCAGUGAACAAUGAAUUGUGGGACAAUUACCUUGGUUUUAUUAAACUUUUUGCUAAAUUUCUCAUCUGGCGCAUUCCCUAACGUUUAUGUACCCAUAAAGGAAGAACCUAUUGGUGAUAAUCCGGGGUUACCCCUAAUCCUAACCCCACUUAUUGAGCAAGGCAAGAUUCAAGACGCUUUAACCGCAUCUCAGGUUUAUUUCAAUGGCUUCAAAACCAUCAAAAGCUACUCUGGAUACUUAACUGUGAACAAACCUUACAAUUCAAAUCUAUUUUUCUGGUUUUUCCCUUCGCAAACCGACUAUGAGAACUCUCCGGUCGUUCUGUGGCUACAAGGGGGUCCAGGAGCCACCUCUUUAAUUGGAUUAUUUGCCGAAAAUGGGCCUUUUGCCGUGAUGAGACAACAUGGUCUCAAAUUGCGUAAAUAUGCCUGGAUUAAAACACAUUCCGUGAUUUAUAUUGAUAACCCCGCUGGGACUGGGUACAGUUUCACCAACAACGGGUAUAGUCAAAAUGAGACACAAGUGGGGCUUGAUUUGUACAACGCGCUUCAACAGUUUUUCCUUCUGUUUCCUGAGUUGCAAAAGAACGAUUUUUUCGUAGCUGGAGAGUCCUAUGGGGGAAAAUAUACCCCAGCUAUUGCAUAUACUAUUCACAUGAAAAACCCCACAGCCAAGUUGAAGAUUAAUUUGAAGGGGAUUAGUAUUGGAAAUGGAUUGACUGAUCCGGUCCACCAGCUUAAUUACGCCGAUUAUUUGUAUCAGAUUGGUUUGAUUGAUUCAAAUGUUAGGACCACUGUGAAACAGUAUCAAGACCAGGGAAUUAAAUACAUCCAAAGCAAAGAUUGGGUCAAGGCGUUUCAAUUGUUUGAUAAUCUCCUCAACGGCGACUUAAACAAUCACACUUCCCUAUUCAAAAACGUCACAGGUUUCACCAACUAUUUCAACUACUUGUACCCCACAGACCCAAGUAAUGAACUGAUUUACAUGGGACAAUACAUACAGAGGGACGACGUACGGGCCGCGAUUCAUGUGGGCAAUGCAACGUUUCAUGGUGAAAGUCAGGAUGUCGAGAUCAAUCUCAUGACGGAUAUUAUGCAGUCGGUUGCACCCUGGGUGGCAGAAUUGCUUAGUCAUUAUAGAGUUUUGAUUUAUAAUGGACAGUUGGAUAUAAUUGUGGCGUAUCCUCUGACUGUUAAUUAUCUACAAAAUUUGAAUUUCUCUGCUGCUGAUGAAUAUAAAAAAGCUCAAAGGUAUCAGUGGUAUGUUGAUGAAGAUUUGGCUGGAUAUGUUAAGCAAGCAGGGAAUUUGACUGAAGUUCUGGUACGCAAUGCUGGGCAUAUGGUUCCAGCGGAUCAACCCAAGUGGGCGUUUGAUUUGAUUUCAAGAUUUACACGUAAUAAACCUUUUCACUUGUAACUUGUGAUUACUUACUGUCAUAUUUUGAUAAUUUUUAGUAACAUACUCGUAUCUUAUGUUUAUUGUAACUACAUUUUUGAAUAAACAUAAAAAACUGCA